CGGAAAACGUCCAAAAAUUGGACGGCGGAAGCCAGAACCGCACGUGCUUGCAGCCAUGGGCGGCUCCCUUUGCUGCGAGAAGCCGCUGCCACCGAAUCAUGUGCACCCUUGCCUUUUCCCCAUGUACCUAGUGAAGGUCUCGGACUUCUUGGAGAUGAAGGGCACUCCGGAGCCGCACGACAUUUUGAUGCAGAAGGGUUUGCUUCAUCAGUGGGAGCCAGGCAUGUUCACGCUCUUCGUCUCGCAUCAGUGGCUGGGUUCGCAGCAUCCCGACCCCACGGGGCAGCAGCUGGGCGUGUUGCGCACCGCGCUGCGACGGAUCUUGGAGCAGAGUCUACAAGUCGAGGAGGAUUUGACCUCGAUCAAGCCUGCAGCCCUCUUGGAUCCGGAACAAAUCAAGCGACUGUCCAAGCCAACGCUACAGCAGAUCGAGCGGGGCUAUUUAUUCAUCGACUGGUUUGCAAUACCCCAGAUCACGGCGCGCCUGCCUGGAGUCAACGAGGAGAGCACCCGCUCCAGCGCGGCGCUUGCGGUGCAGAGCAUCCCCGCGUACGUGGAGGCUGCAGACCUCUUCUUGGCAUUGGUGCCAGAACUUCUUCAUGCCGACACUGGUCUCAUUUGCAGCUACAGCUCCUGGCUCUCUCGCGGCUGGUGCCGUGCCGAGUUGUGGUGUCGUUUGCUGUCCAACAAGUCCGACACCAGCAUCAUCGUGAUUUAUUCCACCUGCGAUGCUGAGUUGAUGUUCCCCCUGGUCUGGCAGCGGAACUUGAUCGCCGAUGGCCUUUUCACCGUGGAGUCUGACCGUGCGGUGGUGGUGAAGCUGGGCGAGGCCGCCUUGGAGAGUAAGCUCGAGACCUUGCACAUCGAGGGGCCGGUGAGUCACUAUCGCUUUUAUUUGGCCUGUCGUCCUCGGCUCCUAGGACAUCAGCCCAUGGCGCUGGACUGUGAGGACUUCCUCCGCUACUUCCACUUCCCCUCCCUCCAAGAGGCUGCGGAGGGGCGCAGCUGCCGCGAUGGCCUGACUGGACUCCUUUGUGCGGUGCUCGCGGGCAACGCGCACAUGAUCCGCAUGCUGGCCAAGCACCGCGCUGAUGUGAACGACCGCCUGGGAGACCUGAGUGAGCUUGGCUACUACGAGACUCAGACCGUGCUUACGGCCGCGGUGAAGUCUCACCAGGAGCCUCCAGUGCUGGAGACGUUGAUCGAGCUGAGGGCGGAUCUACACGCGCAAUCACGCAGCGGUGUCGGCUGUGCCUUUGCAGUGCGCUCGGCCGAGCAGGUGCAGUGCCUCCUGGCACACCGCGCUGACUUCCAAUGCGCCGACGUGGGCGUCGCCACGCCGCCGUUGAACGGCGUCGCCAACUACGCGGAUACGGCCACCGUGGCAGCGUUGCUGGCGGCGCGCUGCGAGCCGGACCAUCCGCGCUCCGCCACGAUGGGGCCCUUGACCGCGUCGACGCUCUUCGGCCGGGGGAAUCCCUACAUUGCCUCGAACGUGCGGCUGCUGCUAGAACACAAGGCCUUGGUGGACCGGAGGUGUCAGCCUGCGACCGCCAUGACGCGGCAAGUGUGCGCGGUGGCGCGGAAGAAAUUGGAUGAGAGAGGCCUCGACCGGAGUUCCACCUUCGUGCGCACCUGGGGCUCCAUGCAAGGCAUGACACCCUUGCACGCUGCCGCGCUCUCGGGCAACUCCGAGCUGGUGCGAAGCCUGCUUGAGUACCGAGCGCCGCUGGCGACGAACGACCACGGGACGUUGCCUCAUGAGUUGGCAGAGGCCUGUGGCCACACACACUUGCUUCCAUUGCUUGAGACCUUCUACACCUGAGUCCAGCAAAGCUGGACGUGUUCGGUGACUGGAUGGUGCUCACAGCUCACACGCCAAUGACUCAUCACCGUGCACGAGUGAUGAGUCAUGUUAGAGCUGUGACAUGGCCCAGCUCAUUUACGCCAUGGGCUUUCGGAGAAACGGGCGUCUUAGACAUGUGACAUCUCUAAGUUGC